AUGAGAGUGCUCGUUGCUUUCCAUUUCACCGAUCCGCCCUUUGGCAGGAUUGCCUGGCAGACAGACGUCCUCAACGUUUCACUUGAGAGCACCUACGAAGACUUCAUUUGCCAAAUUCUCCAACUGCAGCAAGACUUAUCCCAUUUCCUCGGGGAGGACUGGACGGCAACAUUCCCUUUUCACGUUAUGUGGCUGUCUCGCGAUCACCAUGGCAAACUUCCAGAUGUCGUGAACGAGGUGCCUCCCUUCCAGUCGCAUCUGAGGAAAGGAAACUGGCAGCAGAUACUGCUGAUGAUGCAGCAGAGGGGAUUCAGGGACGUUAUCUGCGUCGAGAUUGCGAGCCAUGCGGCCGCAAAGAAAAAGCCUGCGGGCUGGGAGCUUGAGAGGGAGGCAGUGAUGAAGCACGAAGCGGAGUGGUACCGGAAAAAGAAUUCACUCAUCGAUGGACAGGCGUCGAUGGCGACGACGGUGGAGGACAGUCCUUAA